GGUAUGUUUCGACUUUACGGCUAUGAUCCGUCGAUGCUGAGAACUUAGAAGCGUCGAGAGCUCAGUGCACGCAACCAACGUUAUUUCCUUGCUCAUCUUAGGAUCUAAAACUCUUUCCAGUAUGCUAGCCUUGACAUCCGGCAGGCUUACAGCGCGCCACCUACGCCGUUAUUUCCGACCGAUAACCACCAGUCGAGGGUCGCGUCAUAUCUCAACUUACAACGUUGAUAUAGCAGGGCUCACGGAAGAGCAGGCUGAGUUCCGCAAUGCAGUAGCCGAGUUUGCUGAACGGGAGGUUGCUCCGCGCGCCGCACAAAUCGACAAGAGCAACAACUUCCCUUCGGACGUUUGGGAGAAGCUUGGUGACAUGGGUUUGCUCGGUAUCACUGUGUCGCCAGAGUAUGGCGGUUUAGGCCUCGGAUACUUCCACCACACAUUGGUAAUGGAAGAGCUUUCCCGUGCUUCUGGCUCGGUUGCACUAUCAUACGGCGCGCAUUCGAAUCUUUGCGUCAACCAAAUACAUCGUCAUGGCACAGAAGCUCAAAAACAGAAAUACCUCCCUGAUUUAAUCGCUGGGAAGAAAGUCGGCAGUUUGGCUAUGAGCGAACCUGGGAGCGGGAGUGACGUAAUCAGCAUGAGCUUGAGGGCAGAUAAAAUAGACGGUGGUUGGAAGCUGAAUGGGAACAAGUUCUGGAUUACCAAUGGACCAACAGCAUCAACACUAGUCGUUUACGCCAAAACAGCUCCUGAGAGAGGGUCUAAGGGCAUCACUGCUUUCAUCAUCGAGAGAACGUUCAAAGGCUUUUCCACACACCAAAAGCUUGAUAAAUUUGGGAUGAGAGGCAGUGAUACUUGCGAACUUGUUUUCGAAAACUGUGAAGUUCCAGAAGAAAAUGUCCUCGGCCAGGUUAACAAAGGCGCAGGGGUCUUAAUGUCUGGGCUUGACCUCGAGCGUCUUGUCCUGAGUGGUGGUCCCUUAGGUCUGGCGCAAGCUGCAUUCGACUAUGCAGUGGAAUAUGUCCACGAACGCAAGCAGUUUGGACAACCUGUGGGAACAUUCCAAUUAAUGCAGGGCAAGAUUGCGGAUAUGUACACAAGUAUUAACGCAAGCCGUGCGUAUGUCUAUGCUGUUGCAAGAGCGUGUGACCGUGGUCAGAUCAGUCGCCGAGACUGCGCUGGUGCCAUCCUCUACUCCACGGAGAAAGCCAUAGAGGUCGCGCUGGAAGGCAUGCAAUGCCUUGGCGGUAACGGAUAUAUCAAUGAUUACCCUAUGGGCCGAAUUUUGCGCGAUUCUAGGUUGUAUGCAGUGGGCGCCGGGUCGCAAGAGAUAAGAAGGAUGCUGAUAGGACGGGAGUUCAAUGAGCAGUUCAAAUCAUCAUGAUACCUCCAGGCUGCUUUCGAACGGCUCCCUAGUUCGGACAAUUGAUGCCAUGUGUUAGUAGUAUGUAUGUAUGUAUGUGAAAAAGAUCUUGAAUGAGCAUGGCUCUGAAUCUGGU